AUGCACCCAUUCGGAUUCAGCAGCAAAGCGGCGGAAGAAGCGGCCCUCGCGGCAGCGUGGUGGAACCAACCAAUCCCACCGGACGUAAAAAAGGUGCUGCAGAAAUGGAUUCCGAAGGACGAGGAGCUCAACGCUGCGGAGAACGCGGUGCGAAAGGCAAAGGCGCAGAAAGGAGCGGGAGCUGGGAAAUCCGGCUCUCAGGAGGGCUUGGAGAAGCUUCAGCUGCCGUGCCGCGCGGAGAUGGUUCACUAUUUGGACGUGAGGGACGGCGGGUGGGAACUCAAGGAAUGCGAGUGCUGCUUCGACCGCGCUGUGAGCUACCGCGCGCAGCGCGCGCUCAACAUGAUGCGCCUAGAAGACUUCCGCUCGCACCUGCACAAGCAGAUGCCGGAUUCCGUCCCCGCCGCGCCCCCGAACCGCCCGACGCGCGCCAUUCUGGACCACUCCGCGCGGAACCCGGUGUGGGCGUGCAACAAGUGCGUCACCACCUACAUGUAUUUUAUCCCCACGCUCGCGCUCAUUGCAAAUUACGCCUACCGCCCCGCGUCCGUGCUUUUCAACCGGUUCCUGUCGGUCUUCCCCCCGCACACUCCGGAAUUCGCCGAGUUGUUAGACCAUCUGCGGAUGGAGCCUCUUCCUACAGAUGUGCCUCCGCUUCUGAACCUGCAUGUGGUGCGGAAGAGAGCCGAGCAGCUUCCAGUGUUUUUUCUGCUCCAGGCGGCAAUUCACUGGCCGAAGUCCGUGCUGCAGAUAGAGGAGUUGGAAGGGGCGGGGAGCAAUCAGGGCGCGGAGGGAGUUCGGCGCGCUGCUGGGAAGAAGACGCAGAAAGGGAAGAAGGGAGGGAAGAAGGGGGGUGCGGAUGGUGGGGAGGAGGUGGAGGACGAUGGGGAGGUGUGGGAGGAGGUGAGGGCAUGGGCUAUGGCGGCAAUAGGGCAGUAG